AUGGCCGUUCCCAAGCCAAACAAUACCAACGUCAGGCUUCUCGCGUGCCUCGUCGACGAAGAAGACACAGAUUAUAGCGAAUAUCGCUUCCUCGUCGACAGGCAACACGUCAAAUACGUAACCACAGCGCCAGGAACGUGCCGCGGGGCCGAGGAUUGCCGCACCUUCGGGCCCACCCUCCUGAGCCAGCUCCUUCCGCCCUUGCCAAUCGGGACUUGA